UACAGAACAGUUUUGUGUUGCGCGGGCCUUAAAUUAGUAGCUUUUUCUACAUUCUUUUCAAAAGAUGCUCGCUCACGGAAUCAAAACAAUCAAACGAAGAACAAGAAUUCUCAAGAAACUCUUGCCUCUAAUCAAACUCGGAUAGAAUUCAAAUCAAGAAACUUCCACGUAGUUUGAAGGGUGUAUUUGUGAUUUUAUUUCACUACUAUCGCUCUCGAUCGUUUACAAGACCAAGCUCGCGCCAGUCUGAUGAAUUCGCCGAACCAGGACGAAGAUGAUGUCCCCGUUAAAGACCCGGUGAAAUACGGCGAGCUGGUCAUAUUGGGGUACAAUGGUUCUCUCCCCAGUGGAGACAGGGGGAGGAGGAAGAGCCGCUUCGCUCUGUACCGGAGGACCAAGGCCAACGGAGUCAAACCCAGCACUGUUCACAUCCUCAACACACCACAGGACAGCAAGGCAGUCCACAGCAGGGGGCAGCACAGCAUCUCCUUCACUCUGUCCCGCAACCAGACAGUGGUGGUGGAGUACUGCCACGACAACGACACUGACAUGUUUCAGAUUGGGCGCUCCACAGAGUGUCCAAUAGACUUUGUCGUGACGGACACAUCAGGAGAGGGGAAGGAGUGCGAGGACCCCUCAGUGGCCCCCAGCACCAUCUCCCGCUUCGCCUGCAGGGUGGUGUGUGAACGCAACCCCCCCUACACUGCACGCAUCUACGCCGCUGGCUUUGACUCCUCCAAGAACAUCUUUCUAGGGGAGAAAGCCACUAAGUGGAAGAACCCGGACGGCCACAUGGAUGGCUUGACCACCAACGGGGUGCUGGUGAUGCACCCUGAGGGUUUCCCUGAGGACAACAGACAGGGCCUGUGGAGGGAGAUUUCUGUUUGUGGGGACGUCUACGCCCUCCGAGAGACACGCUCUGGACCCAGCCGAGGCAAACUGGCGGAGGGAGAAAGCAGUGCCUUGCGGGAUGGUUCUCUGGUGGACCUGUGUGGAGCCACUCUGCUGUGGCGUACUGGGGAGGGCUUGCUCCACGCUCCCACCCUCCGCCACCUGGAGGCACUGCGACAGGAGCUCAACGCUGCCCGGCCACAGUGUCCUGUAGGCCUCAGUACUCUGGCAUUCCCUAGCCUGCCACGCAGCCACAGUUUUCCUUUUCUCCCCAGUCUGGAGGAGCGCCAGCCCUGGGUUUACCUCACCUGCGGACACGUGCACGGCCGCCACGACUGGGGCCAGCGCCCCGAGCGCCGGGAGGCGAGAGGAGGAGAGGGGGAAGGAGGGAUCUCCACAGUCCGCCGGGAGUGCCCUCUAUGCAGGAGCGUGGGGCCCUACGUACCCCUGUGGCUGGGGUGUGAGCCCGCCGUGUAUGUGGAUGCUGGAGCACCUACGUACGCGUUUGUACCCUGCGGCCACGUGUGUUCAGAGAGGACAGCCAAGUACUGGGCGGAUACCCCGCUGCCCCAUGGAACCCACGCCUUCCGGCCCACCUGUCCCUUCUGCUCUGCCCCUCUCAGCAGCACCCCACAGGGCUGGACACGCCUCAUCUUCCAGGGCCCGAUCGACUAGCCAGGGCCUCCACGGAUGCAUUCCACAACUAUUACGCAACAGUGGAACCAACAAAGUCACUAAACCAAAGGCCCAAUCCUAACUUGAGAUAAUUGUGUAUAACUAAUAUGAAUAUUUCUCCAAUUUACACUACAUCCAUGGUGAUGUUAGACAAGUGUGUGUAUCUCAAACAUUUGUGUAAUAAUGUGUUAACGUCAUUUUAGGAUCUGUGCUGUAGUUUGCAUUAGGCACAUUUCUCUCAAGUUACGAUUUGGCCAUAACAUAAUCUCCCUUCAAAAGCAAUAAGAACACCACUAUAGCGAAGCAUAGUUUUUAGAUAACCUAGUUUUUUGGCUAGUCAUCCAUGUCUCCAAUUCUGUCUCUCUUCAGACAUGGCUGAAUGUUGUCUGC